AAACAGUUAUGCAAUCAAUGGACUGCAUGUUUGCAUGAAUUGUUUGAAUCGUUUGUAUAUUUUGUGGUGAAUUGUCCGCAAAAAUGAGUGAAUCUGACGCCAAAAGUGAUGCUUUGACCACAAGUUUGGAUUCACUGCUCAUUAAAAGCAGUGCUAAACCCAAACGCAAGAAUUCGGAGAAACGUAAGGAGAAGUCGAGGAAAGCCGCCCGAGAGAGGAGAAGCCAGGAGUCGAAGAUCUUCGACCAAAUGGAGGCUUUGCUUCCAAUCCCCACAAAGACUAUCAAUCACUUGGAUAAGGCAUCCCUCAUACGACUUGCCAUUAAUUACUUGAAAAUCAGGAAAGUUAUCGAACCAAUCAAGAUUGUAUCCAAUUUCAAGACCGAAAGCGAGCCGUAUAUCGAGGAUUAUUCGGCCGCCAAAGCGCUCAAUGGAUUCCUAUUAGUUCUGUCCAAAGAGGGAGAUAUGGUUUACUUAUCUGAAAAUGUGGACAAAUAUCUGGGUUUGAAUCAAAUCGAUUUAAUCGGUCAAAGUAUAUAUGACUUCAGUCAUCCGUGCGAUCACAAUGAUAUCAAAGACAUACUGGCGCUCAAGAAUAUGAAGAAUUGCGAUGAGAGUAAUGACCACAAAAGCAAUCCCAUGUUUGGCUCAAUAUUUGUGCGAAUGAAGUGUACGCUCACUAAUAAAGGGAGAAAUCUUAACCUCAAAUCAGCCAAUUAUAAGGUAAUCCAUUGCAGCGGACAUCUCAAGAGUAUUAAUGAUUCGGAUGAGACACCGGAAGCUGCCGAGUGUUUGACGCAUACAUCAACUUAUUAUAUGAUUACUAUUUGCGAACCUAUAGACCAACCGAUGUCUGUCGACAUGCCUUUCAGUUGUGAUGUGUUUAUUAGUCGACACUCUUUGGACAUGAAGUAUACACAAGUUGACGACAGCAUUAAUAAAAUAAUUGGCUAUAACUCGGAAGAGUUGACCGGAAAAUCUCUUUUCAAUUUCUUUCAUGCGUUAGAUUUACAGCAAUUAGAAAAGUUCUUCAAAACUCGAUGUGUAGUCCUUGACCUCAAACUCAUACAACUCCUGAUUAAGUUGUUCUCCAAAGGACAGAGUCAUUCCAAUUACUAUAGAUUUUUGGCCAAAUCUGGUGGUUAUCUCUGGUUACUAACUCAGGCGACGCUUACGACAGACACCCAUUCAUCUCAACCACAAUCUGUUGUUUGCGUUAAUCAUGUCAUCAGUGGAAUUGUAAACGAGAGAGAAAUCGUGAGCGAAGAGCAGUGCUUUGAGAAGAGUGUAGAAAACGCUCGACUUUUGCCACAAUUGAAGCCUGCAUUUGAAGAGACAUCCACUCGAGCUCAGACCCCAUUUGUGUCGAGUACUAAAACAGUGUUUGCGCCCAAAACUGCUGAUAUGGAUAGUGGUUUCAUUGUCUUCGAUAACGCCAAUCACAUGACAUAUCUCUCAGAUCCCGAAGACUUGACUCAUUUAGCUCCAGAAGCUACAGGUGACGACUUUUGUGUUCCCUUUCCCGGACUUUUGGCCGAAUUCAAUGAAUUGAACUUUUUUGAGGAAGUCUUUCUCAAUCAAAACGUCUCGAAUGCUAACCUUUUAAGCGAAGGAGAAAAAGUGAAAUUUAAUGAGGAAUGUCUUCAGCACAUGAAUGCCAUCAAUAUGUAUAACUCUAACGAUGACUUGAACGAGACUUUUAUCAAACCUAACGAUAACACUCUUUAUAAGACUAUUACUCAAAACUUCGUUAAAAGUUAUCCAGCCUUUAGAGACGCGGAUAGCGUGGAGGACUCGCCACUGCCUAACGAUCCUCUUCUCUCCUAUCACGAAGAGAUGCUCUCAAGUUCUUCAUCUGCCGACUCAUCCGAUCCGUAUUCAAGUGAAACCAAUUCUCCACUCAAUAUCUCGUCUCCCAUUUUAAGCCAGACGUCGAACUUCUUUUGCAAAUCUCCGACCGAAGAGGUCUCCAAAUUGAAUAUUAAUGAGAAAAAUGAUUUACUGGACGACAAAGUGCUUGAGAUGAGAGCGCCGUAUAUUCCCAUCGAUGAGGACUUCCCUCUACUACUGGAAGAAGGCUUACAAAUGAAUUACUCGAACGCAAACAUCGAUGAAUUCAUUCCUUUCGACAACAUUUCUGGCGAUAAACCGCUGAACGCUUCCGAUUCUAGCAAUAAGUAUCCAAUGUUUGAGAAUCCAUUGCCACAGAAAAGCAAUUGUUUAGAACUUUUGCUUCAAAAGGAUUUGAAGCAGAAGAGCCCGAAAAAUGUGACGAAUGGUUACUCGAAAUACUCAAACAUUGAUAGAAGUGAUCGCCAGAAGUCAUCAAAUGUUUAUAAUAUUAAUAAUAAUAGCCAUAAGUCUGUGAACGUGAAGAGCAACGCAAACCAUCGUUUAGGUGAUGGACAAGACAUGCGAUAA